CAUGCAUUUCACUUCAUAAAUAUGGGAAGGUAACAGAUCAUGCGCUUCAUGGAAAUGUUUGCACUUUUCUGUUCCUUAGGGCUUUCUGCAGAUUUCGACCUGAAAUUUCCCAAGGGGAUCUUGUCCGAGUUCACCUCUGCUAGAAUAGACAAAGACCUUCAGGCUGUGACAGUCGCCUUCUGGAUGAAGAUGGCUCGGGAUAAGAAGGAUCAAAAAUACAUAUUUUCGUACGCAGCAGAAGAAAAUGGCGUGGUCCAAGACAACGCUAUUUCCAUUGAGGUGGACAACUUUAACGAGUUCCUGUUCAUGAUCAACGGAGAGAAGAUCACAACCACCGCUUCAGUGGAGGACGAGGCGUGGCACCAUUAUGCUUUCACGUGGUCUUUGGGUUCCGCGGGAAAACAGUGGACUUUUUACGUGGACGGUCAGCGGAUCGCCGGUGGUACUGAGGGCGGCGGAGGACGGCUCAUUCCCGGCGGGGGGACGAUAGUCCUGGGGCAAGACCAGGAUGAGAUCCUCGGAGGAUUCGACAGUAGAGAGUCAUUCAAGGGGGAACUUAGCAGGUUGAAUGUGUGGGACCACGUCCUGACGGAAGCGCAGAUCUCAGUGAUGGCGCGUCACUGCACGGAUGACUCCGGAAACGUCCGAGCCUGGCCGGAUUUCAGAGCUGCUGCUGAAGGCCUUGAAAUCAGACAAGGGUCAGCUUUCUGUGCUGGGAAGCCAUCUCUAGACGUGAAUGAGUGUGCAUCUAACCCCUGCAUGAACGGAGGGUCGUGUGUUGAUCACAUCAACACUUUCACCUGUCUCUGUGCACCAGGAUAUAGUGGAAUAUACUGUCAAAAAGACGUCAACAAGUGCGGUCCGAACAACACUCCAUGUGACCACAACUGCCAUGACAGCGACUCCGGAUAUAAGUGCAGUUGUAAUAAAGGGUUUCAGCUCUUCAACGACAUCCACUGUGUAGAUGAAAACGAAUGUGCUACAAGAAAUGGCGGCUGUGAUCACAACUGCAUCAACACUCCCGGUUCGCGGAUGUGCUCGUGUUACCCUGGAUACGUCCUUGGUGCUGACCAGAAAUCCUGCGUAGAUAAAAAUGAAUGCACCGGGGAAAUAGAAAGCGACGAUCAACAACUACAAAAUGGAGGCUGUAGCCACGAAUGCGUCAACCUGGAGGGCAGCUAUGAAUGCAGAUGUCCAACAGGACUUGUUUUGAGUGAAGACGGCAGAUCGUGCCAAGACAUUAACGAAUGCAAGACUGGCGCGGCAGACUGUUCACAACUCUGCAUCAACACACUUGGAUCCUUCCAGUGCGCCUGCCAAUCCGGGUAUACUGUACUUCCUGAUGGCAAGAUGUGCCAAGCUCGCUCCUGUAGCAGCCUUCCUGAUGUUGAACACGGCAUCUUUGAGGUGUCUCCUACAGACAGUACGGUAGGACGUGUGGUGUGUAACGACGGGUACCGCGUACUGGGUAACCCCGUGCUGCGGUGUGACAUGACCGGUCACUGGGGAGGGUCACUCCCGAGGUGCAUAGUGCUUGACUGUGGAAUGCCGAAGCAGCUGAAGAACGGAGCUCGGCUAGGAUCGGAUCUUUACGUCGAGUACUACUGUAACGAGGGCUACCUCAUGGUGGCAGGUGAUGGAGUAAGGACAUGUCAAUCAAAUGGCGUUUGGAGUGGAGAACACCCCGUCUGUAGAAGGGAUCCGUGCUCACCCAGCCCAUGCGUAAGGGGCAAAUGUACUCGUGUCAACAUCAAUCUGGGAACUUUCAACUGUAGUUGUCCCAGAGGUUGGAAGGGCAAAACCUGUGACGAAGAUAUAGAUGAAUGCCGUGAGAAACCAUGUGGACCAACGCAAAACAGGUGCCAAAAUACACCUGGAAGUUUCAGCUGUGUGUGUGCUCAUGGUUAUGAGCCCAGAGGGAUGACAUGUGUUGAUAUAAACGAAUGCACAGGAAACCAUGGCUGUGACCAUGUCUGCGAGAACACACAAGGAAGCUACCGGUGUGAAUGCCAUGGGGCCUUUACCCUAGAUACGGACGGAAGGAGCUGUUCCGGUGACUGGCCAACAGGAACGUACGGCUUACCCAGGACUAACACAGGCUGCCCGGAAUCUGCAGGCGUGACCUGGCACACGGGCUACCGUUACCAUGACACCGAGGACGACGGCGCCAACAACUACUGGACGUCAGGACUGCAUUUUGAUGGAGAUUUCUGGAGGGGCAACAUGUAUCAGAAAUUUUGCAUGAAAACAUCUUCUUGGCAAGGACACGGCACCUGGCCACGUGGUAGCUACUGUAUCUUCAAGAGGAGUGGAUGUCCGAGUGGUUUCCAAACUGGGGAGCUGUUCUGGGACGACGAAGACGACAACAAUGCAAACCGUAGGAGUGGCGUAGUGCCCGACGGGACGUACAAUCACAACACGCUCAUCUGGUACUGCUGUCGUAACGAUGGUAGCGCCAACACCCGCAUCCCGCUACCCAGCCGCAAACCGUUUUACCUCUUCCGCUUCAGGCAGGGAUGCCAAAAGGUCCUCAGGAUGAAUGUAAGGGAGGAAUACUUCCGCUGGGACGAUGAAGAUGACGAUAAUAUUAAUUAUCGCCGGGGAGCGCAUCCGUACGACACAGGGGGUAGCAGAGACCACAAGCUUCACUACUGUUACUAUUGGUGAUUGUCAAGAACAAAAAAAUAACAUUCAUUUAUGUCCCACAAAUAACAUAUAAGUCAAUGGCUAUAUCUUCUUUUUCUAUCAAAGGAGUUAGAGAUAACUGUUUGCAAGCUGCCAUUACAGUUAAGACGGAGCUUGACACUGCUGUAUGAACCUCCUUAAUAACAAAUUACCAAGGAGAAUGCCAAGACAUCCUGUAUGAUUGGUUUCUGUAAGUCAGUUAACAUUCCUUAUCCAUUUGUAAAGGUGGAAACUAAUGUAAAUUAGAAUUUGAACCCAGGACAUAAAGCUAAACCCCUUCCAUUGUACUACACGUCCCCACCACAAAUUGAAUUUAGGAUGUGUUUGGGAUGUCUUAACAAAUGGUUGCUUGGCAUUGAACCUAAUUAACAGAAAUGUGCUGCUUUCCUCCCAGACAACUAAUUUCCAUUUAAUUAACUUUUAAUGAAUGUUGUUACUUCAAGCUGAAAGAGCUGCCAAAAAUAAAGCAAUUGUAUUUACGCAAUGCAGUUACAUGCUUUGCACGAACAUCAGACAGUUAGGUGGUCACAUAGGAGUUCGUCAGUACGAACAAGCAAAUGGUUGAUAUGCUUUGAGAUUUUCACUACUAGAUUUUUGGGGGGAGCAGAGGAAAUGGUAACUUUCCCCUGAUUUGUUUGUUUUCCUUGUUUCGUUUUUAAAAUUUGUUUAUUAAAAAAUAAUUCAGAAGACACAUAGAUCCUUUUGUAAAUUUCCGACGUAUUUCUAUUUGAUUUGUACUUCUUAUUGAUCUUUUGUAAGAUAAAUUCUGUUAUUAGGUUAUUUAACGUUACAAUUGCAACUGAUGUUAUGUGUUCAUUCCUUUGAUUUGAUUAUGUACAAUUGAUUUAUUUUGCAACCUAGGGGAGGCCCAUGAGACGCCUUUAUGGUUUAUGACCUUACCCUGCACGCAUUUAUUUCCUAUGUACAAUGUUUUUAAUUUCAUGUAUAUAUGUGCGAAGAAAUAAAGACGCAAAUAAAGACACAAAUG